GUCCAUUUCUGUCUUGCAAUCGGCGGCGGCCGGCGAGGCGGCGACCGACGGACCCAGGCUUCCUAUCGUCGCCGGAAUCCAUGUGCGGCUGGCUCUCCCAUUCCUCCCCUCUCUACUCCCAUCCACCCCCGCGCCCUCGCCGCUGGUAGAUCGCCCCCCGCGGAGCCGAUGCCCGGGAGGACGCGCUUCUCCGACCUCCACGACGACCUCGUUGCCGCCGUCCUCGCCCGCCUCCCUCUCCGCCAGGUCGCCCGCGCGCGGCUCGUGUGCAGACGGUGGCAUGCCCUCACCGCGUACCACAGCUUCCUCCGCAGCACCGCCUCGCGGCAGACUGCCGCCGGGUUCUUCGUCAACGACCACCUCAGCGUCAGGGCCGACUACGUCCCUUUUCCCCACGGCUGCUCGACGGCCGCCGAGAACGGCCCCGCACCGGACCUCUCCUUCAUCCCCAGUGCCGCCUUGCCUGGGCAUCCACAGCGCGGCGUCCAUGUCUCCGGCUCCUGCAACGGGCUCCUGCUCCUCUGGUGCCCGCUCCACCGCCCGGCGGGGCACUACGCCUGCAACCCGCUGACCAGGGAGCUCGCCCGGAUCCCGGUGGGGGAGGGGCUGCGCAGCCUCAACCUCGCCUUCGACCCCUCGGUGUCGCCGCACUACAAGGUGGUCGGGUUCGGGCACAUGUCGGACAUCCAUGUCUACUCCUCCGAGACAAGGUCCUGGGGAGCGGCCGUCUACCACGACCGCUCCCUCUUCUCCGGCCUCCGCUCCGUACGCGGAGUCUUCUGGAACGGCUCGAUGGUGUGGACGGUGGGGCAUUCCCUGGUCCAAUUUGUUCUGGAAGGGGGGCAUCUGAAGACGAUACCCAUGCCGCCCAAGAGGAAGGAAGGGUGGUUCUGCACCUACAUCGGGGAGUCGGCCGGGCAUCUUCAGAUGAUUGGCUACACGAAGGAGGAGAAGCUCACUGCCUGCUUCGAAAUCCUGGAGAUGCAGCGUGGUCGGUCCGAGUGGUCGCAUCUGUACCGUGUUGAUCUUGGUCGGGUGAAAGAACUGCAUCCUGAGAUUGAAUGGCCGACAUGGGAUACCCGGUCGGAGGAGCACAAGGUGAUUGGGUACCUUGCGCUUUCGCCGGUCUGUGUCAUCCGAGGAACCGGGGAGGCUGGGAAACAUGGGGUCUUGAUUUUCAGCAUACCAGGAAGGAUCAUGUUGUACGACAUGAAGGACCAGAGGAUUUCAGUUGUCGGAGAAGUUAGGAGCUCUGCUACGGAACUGCGCUCCCUGUGCCACUUCGAGCAUCCUUGGUAUUACUUCUAUGCUUACAGUCCUAGCUUGUUUACUUUGUAGUCAUUACUUGCUUUGACAAGGAUGUAUCAUGUAUGUGGUCCUUUUGUGUUAUAAUGGUAUCUUCAGAUGCCCUCAAAAAAGAUGGUAGUGUCGCUACUCCCUUGAAAAGAUAGAGACAGGGGAAGAGAUAAAUCAGAAAUGUUAACCAGCAAACUCUCCUUUUGCUGACAACUUUUUGCUCACUAGCAUUUUAUCUGCUAGUGGGAGCUCAAAUGUUUACCAAUUAAAUCUAGAAAAAACAGUAGGAUAUCCUGCACACUGCAGCAGUGUUUAGUAGGACGAUAAUAAUAAGCUAGUAUCAUGUGCUGUGGUCCCAGUGGUAAGCAAGGAUCAAGGAAACAACAGACAA